AUGGCUCCACGAAGCAAUUCGCUUUCUGAUCAGAAAGACAUUGAGGCCGUCCACCUCGACAAUGUCAAUCCGGCCAACAACAACAAUGGCCUCUCAGCUGAAGACUUGGAGUUCGUCGCCAACUUCCCCGAGGAAAAGAAGAAGAAGGUCUUGUCAAAGAUCGAUUGGCGACUAAUGCCCAUGUUGGCUAUUCUGUACCUUGUCACAUAUAUCGACAAGGCCAAUAUUGGAAACGCAAAGAUCGAAGGAAUGUUGCCAGAUCUCAAGAUGACCGGAGAGCAAUACAACAUCGCUCUAUCCAUUUACUUUAUUCCUUACAUUUUGGCUGAGGUUCCUAGCAACAUGAUCCUCAACAAGUUUGCUAAGCCUUCUCAGUAUAUGGCUACCAUCAUGUUUAUCUGGGGUAUUGUUGUGGUAUGCACUGGCUUGAUUCACAACUUUGGUCAACUUUGCGCUAUUCGAAUCCUUCUUGGUCUUUUUGAGGCCGGCUUCUUUCCAGGUGCGAUUCUUAUCAUUUCGAAAUGGUACCUUCCAAACGAGACGCAACAACGAGUCGCCCUCCUGUACACUUCGGCAGCCACUGGUGGUGCUUUCUCCGGACUUUUCGCCUAUGCAAUUGCCAAGAUGGACGGUGUCGGUGGUCAAAAUGGCUGGAGGUGGAUCUUCUUCAUUGAAGGUAUCUUCACAGUCAUCAUGUCCUUCGUCACGUACUUCUUCCUCAUCGAUUCACCCACGCUUUCCUACUGGCUCACCGACGAGGAGAAACGAUAUCUCACACUCCGCCAAGCUUCUAGGAGAGUCACCAACUCGGGAGAGUACCGAGAAAAGACUUUUGACAAGGGUGCUUUGUUCUCCGUUAUCAAGGAUUGGAAGAUCUACCUUUUGACGAUUAUGUCCUGGUCCAACGCUGCACCCAACUAUGGUCUCAAGUUUUCUAUGCCUUCCAUCACCAAGGGCAUGGGUUUCUCGUCUAGUAACGCUCAGCUUAUGACCAUUCCUCCCUACAUGUGUGGAGCUAUUUCUUCAUAUCUUAUUGCGCGAGCUGCCGAUCGCUACAAAUGGAGAAUGCCCUUUAUCCUGGGACCCCAACUCUGCAUCAUCAUUGCGUUCUCAAUCUUGAUGACUAAGGCGGAGUUUAUCACAGAGAAUCUUGGAGUUUGUUACUUUGCAGUUUGUCUUGCUUGUUCGGGCAUGUAUCCUAUUCUACCUGGAGUCAGCGCCUGGAACAUCGACAAUACCCUCAACCCGACAAAGCGAGCCAUCAGCAUCGCAUAUUUGGCUUGCGCAGGUACUAUUGGUGGAAUAUACGGAAGUUACAUCUAUAUCGAGAGCGAGAAACCCAAGUACACCACUGGAUAUGGCGCCUCUUUGGGAUUUGCUGUUGCUGGUAUCCUUGCAGCUGUUUCCCUUGAGUCAGCCUUGGUCAUGAUUAACAAGAAGAGGGCCAAGGUGAGUGAGGCUGAGAUUCGAAGCAAGUACACGGACGAUGAGCUUGAGGAUAUGGGUGAACAUAGCCCCCUUUACCGAUACAAGCUGUAG